AUGCCAAAAUCAAAGACCUCGAACGCUGCCAAGAAGAAAAAUAAGAAGAAAGCCGCCCAAGCUCGUCAGUUCGACUCGAAUCAGAACCAUUUGUCGAUUGAUCAUCAAGAUCCAGGGAGUCUUGCAGAUCGAUCUGAUAUGAUUGGUGCUUACCCCAAUGAGGACGCUUCGUCUCAUACUCAACGGACAACAACAGGGAGUGUCUCUCAGGACGAUGACGACGAGCGGCUAACGACUCAUGCGAUGCAUCCGAGUCUUGCCGCCGCUACUCGCCAAACCCAAGAAGAUUUAUUAGCUACUGCAAACGACCUCUAUAGGCAGAUCGAGACUGCGGCUGCGGCUGCUCUGGCUUCUCAUCUUAGCCCUCAGAGUCUAGCUAACAUCGGCAACAACAACUCACCGGCUUCUGGUGGUAUACACGGAGGCGGAAGUGGCCACUCAAAUCAGAUGUCCACAGCCGCUCAACAAGCAGGGCUAACGCAUUCUAACAGCAUGAAUCACAUUCUCAAUGGUAAUACUCGGCCCUCUCACAACUUUGGCCGAGACAUCAAUGGCGGAGCUGCAACAGUAAGCGUGACAGGUGGCACGGUGACAGGGACUAUACCACUCGGCAGUUUUACUUUACCACUACCCUUGCACUCUCAUCCAGAUCAUUCUCACCACCACUCCCAUAGCGUCAACGUCAGUGAACCGGUUUACUAUACUGGAGAAACCACCAUUGUCACCUCUCGCAUGGGCGACAAGUCUAAUGGGGAUGAGGGCGUCUUGGACGAUGAAUACUAUAGCGAUGAUGGAAGGAUUUCACGGAAUGACAUGUCACUAAACAAUAAUGCGGCCGGGUGCCGACAUAAUCUAUCGGAGCAAACCAGCAACGAUAGCAAUAUGGGUAUAAAUCAUAGCUCGCUACCAGCGCCCUCAACUGGUACGAAGAAAAAAAAGAAAAACAAAAAGAAGAAGUCGGCCAAUGCUAGUUCGAACGAAGCGGCUCCUAAUCCAGAGCCGGUCCCAAACGUAUCUCAUCAUCGCACCUCAGUUCCUUCUAUCCCACAUCCGUCUAAAAAUUCUACACAACCACCUGGCCGGAACCCUUGUUCAGAACCACCGAAUCAUAUGGCUAAUCAACCUCCAAUAUCAAGAUUACCACCAAUGCCCAACAAUGGCGUAUCCAAGAAAAAAGCCUCUGGGCUUCCUGCUACAACUGGCGUGAGGGACAACCAUAAACCGGCUACUUCAAACGUCAUUCCAAAUCACAAUCCAUCACAUCCACCAACCGAACGCGAGCGGAUUCGAGACUUCUGGCUGACCUUGAAUCAAGAGGAGCGCGCGAACCUUGUGAAGAUCGAGAAGGAUGCAGUGCUCAAAAAGAUGAAAGAACAGCAGCGGCAUUCAUGUUCUUGUGCAGUAUGUGGAAGGAAACGACUGGCAAUCGAGCAGGAACUGGAAGUUUUGUAUGAUGCGUAUUACGAUGAGUUGGAGAACUAUGCUGAAGCGAGUAAGAAGUACUACGGCUCUGACUUGAAGAUGAAAGGCGUCAAAAGUCCAGUUGGGUAUCCCAAACCACCCGGUCCUGGCCCAUUCCCUGGCAGUGUGGAUGUCAUGACGACUAACGUUCAGCCAACGAACAAUCAGUCAUCUUUGAAAAAGGCAGUUCCAAAGCCAACGCGUGAUCACAAAAAUAUCCGACCUCGUCCUUUACCUAAUUCACACCAGACACAUCCGCCUAUACAAUCUGUAAAUUCAAAUUCUCCAUACCCUCAGCAGCCGCCAGGAAAGCGGACGAUACCGCUUCCACCUCAACCAAAAAAAGCACUAUCUCAUAAUAGCAACAGUGACCAGGAUCACACACACUCUCCAAGCUGUCCUCAUCAUCCCCAUCACCACGGACCCAACCACUAUCAUCACCAUCCGAAUACAAAUACCCACGGUAAAGCCGUCUCGAAUCAUAACCCUUCUCUAUCUUGUCAUCAGAGGUCGCAGCAUCAUGUAGAAGAUGACAUGUUUCCGGAUGACGAUGGCGAUGAAGAAGAGGAAGAAGAUGAAUACGAUGAAGAGGACGAGGAUGAGUACGAGGAGGAAGAAGAGGAGGAUCAAGAGUUCGAAGACGAUGAUGAGAUACCCGCCCUAGAAGAAGUUCCUAGCGAAGUACCUAAUCCUGGAACAAAGAAACCUCAGAUGAAUGGUAAUCUCUCGUCUUAUAACCCAAAGGUCACCAACGGAGAUAAGCCCAAUACGACGAAUAACAAUAGCGAUCUGUUUGGAUUUGGGAAUUCGCUCACUCUGGAUGAUGAUGACGGGUUUGACGACGAAAUUGUCACCGAGGAGUACCGCAUGAAGGAAGGAAGGCGGAUGUUUCAAAUCUUCGCUGCUCGGAUGUUCGAACAACGUGUCUUGACUGCUUACCGAGAAAAAGUUGCACAAGAAAAACAGGCUCAACUUCUCAGGGAGCUGGAAGAUGAAGAUCGACUUGCUCAAGAGCGUGAAUUGAAAAAAGUCAAGGAUGCUCAGAAAAAGAAGGAGAAAAAGAAAGCUCAAAAGCAACAAAAGGAUCAAGAUUUGGCUAAGAAACUCAAAGAUAAAGAACAAGAAGAAUUGGCUGCGAAAGCUGCAGAGGAAGCUAAACUUGAAGCUGAGAGGCGUAAGCAGGAAGAAACGAGGUUGAAACGCGAGGCCCAAAGAAAAGUUCAAGAAGCGGAACGUGCCAAGAAGGAGGAAGAGAAAAGGAAAAGGAUAGAAGAGGAAGCAAGGAAGAGGAGGGAGAAGGAAGAAAGGCAGAGGUUAGAGAAAGAAGCCAGAGCAGCGAAAGAACGGGAGGAACGCGAAAAGAAAGUAAAAGAAGAACAAGAACGAAAGAUGAAAGUUGAGGCAGAUCGGAAAGAGAAGGAAGCUCGAGAAGCCCGGGCUAAGGAAGAAGCUGAGCGUUUGCGGCAAGCGGAAUUGGACAGAAAAGAGGCGGAAGAGAUAGCUAAACGCGAAGCAAUCAAGACGGCUGCCGCAAAACUCGCAGCGCAGAACAAGAACGCUGCCGCUAUUGCUGCUGCUCAUCAAAAAGCUCAACCACGCCCAGUGGUUUCUCUACGUUCAACUCCUGCGAAGCAAACAGCUCCUCCGCCUAAAGUCUCGCCUGUCCCACCUGCUCAGCCGUUGACGCCCGUCCCACCUUUCCCAAAUCACACGCCUAGUCGACCGAUCGCACCUCCUCCUACCUCAAUGAUGCCUAGGCAAAUGUCUGUAGGGAUCGGAUUGGGACGACCGGCUUCAGCAGCUGCUGCCCCGCCUUUCUCGGCUGCUAUACCCUCGAUGCCUUCGUUUAACAAUGUACCUCCAAGGCCUCCUAGUGCCCAGUAUGGAGCUUCAACGUUCCCAUUACACAAUACAUGCGGUCCUUCGAACUUACAAAACCUACCGCUAGAGAUGCAUCCUGCUCUCAACAAUAAUGUGCCGCAUUCUGCAUUUCUUCCCAUGGCCAACUUCCAACCGCCACCACCUAUGAGUCCGAUGAUGCAACCGAACGUGGGUCGUGUGUUCUCGGGCCCUGCACUUACCACUUCGGCUGCCCAACCACAACUACAGAUGCCACAUCGACCCAGUGUGAUCUCAUCGUUACCACCGUCGACUCCUACUCAUCCUAGUGGUUUUAUGAGUCCAAGCCUCGCUUCAGCCACUAGUCCGCUCAGCGCUUUGCACCUCGGCAGUGAGCCAGUCAGGAAAGCGAGUGCGAGUGCUAUUGGUCCAAUCGGUCCUUCAUUGCUCCACAACCGUCGCAAGUCUGUGGUAGACGAUAAUUUUACACAUGCUGGACUAUUUAAUUCCAUUGAGCCUAUCGGCCGCUCAAGGAUGAACGGUUCUAUGCACACGAUGGGUCCGAUCAGUGGAAAUAGCGAUCAAGAUUCCAACUCGAUCUCUACUGGAACCUCACCUCGUUCACCUUCAAAUGUAUUGGGAUCUUCAGCCUUAUUGGCGGACGAGGACGAUGACCUUGAUAGCGACUCGACUCACCGACAGGGUAUUCCUUCCAAUCCUCCACCUGUCAAUCCCAUUGCCAUCUCACCGGCCAAACCCACAUCGUUCUUCUCACCUGCUUCACUUGACGGUGGGCUUGGGGUGGGGAGUAGCAUCUGGGGAGCCACACCAUCUUCGAUCACUGGUGCCGGAUGGGGUUCUUCUAUGCUUUCUAAUCAGACACCACCUCAUGUGCCAUGUACGCCUCUACAAUCACAUCUUCCAUCGAUUCCACCUAUCAUUCCAUCUUCAGUGGGUAAUAGAUCAGCUUCGAUCAAAGAAAGUACGUCUGAUUGGAUUCGAAGACGAGCGAUUUCAGCAUAUUGUAAUAUGGGAUUAGAUGAGAAAUGGAUUCCAGUGGGAGAUAUUUCGAUUGAGAUGCAAAGGAUUCAUGCAGAUACGAUGAAUGUAGGUUUAAAGGAUAUGGUAGAUGCAUGUCUUAUCAAACGAAAUCUUCAAAAUGGUGGUGGGGAUUGGCAAUUUAGUCAACAAGGAACUGUUUUAUUUGCUCGUUGGUUACCAUCUGCUGGUCAAGAAACGAAUGUUCAUUGUAAUGGUUUGAACAAUGUGAAUGGUUGAUGAAGCUUCACGAUCAAAUGGAAAUUCACCAGAAAAAACAGAAACAGAAAUGAUUGUGGAUGUCAGUGCUUGUGUGUGUGUUGUGGUUUGUGGUUUGUGAUUGGUCACUUGAUUUGAUUUUAAUUUUCUUUAUCAAGAGAUUUUCUUAACGAAUUAAAAUCUUUACAUAUGAUUUAUUGUUUUUAAUUUGAUUGUAAUUUUGAAAACUUGAUAGAUUUCAAUUUGUAAGCUAUCUAAACAUCAAUAUCAACACAUUUUAAGAUUGAUCACUUUGGCUAUCACAUCUGACAACUAUUACCACUACUGUCACUACUAUCACUACUAAAUUGUUUUUUUUUGGUUUUUGGUUUUUUUUGGUUUCUUACUUUUUUUUUUAUUGAUUGAUUGGCUUUAGAGAUGGAUGAGACGAGUUAAACCAAAAAGAAAUUUUUUUCUUACUUUUUUAAGUUUUAUAUAAGGCGUAGAUAGCUAAUUAUGAAAAGAAUCAUCUUACAUUAGCUCUUUU